ACGAUUUCAAGAAAUGGUACAUUGAACGUCUACAUUGAACUCAGGCUGAAAAAAAAGUUGGUUCAAAGUUGACGAACAAGUAGAAAAUGUGUCAACUAUAUUCCUUCUAAAAGUGGCGCAUAAAGGUUACUUCGCGAGAAAUGACUGUCGAUAAAAAAACACGCGCCGGCUCAGCGGAUUCUAAGGAAGACGACCGGAAAGGCCGAGAUCGGACAAAAAAACGAAGUUCGUCAACGACCUCUUCGUCAUCGGGUUCGGGUUCAUCGGCACGAAGCCGCAGUGGCUCUUCAUCCAGUUCUUCGUCAUCUUCAGACGGGUCUCGUUCGUCGUCCUCUAGUUCGUCUUCUUCGGCCUCGUCGAAGGGCGGCGGCCGUUCAAGAGGAGUGAAAAGACCGCCACCCCGUCGAAGAUCACCCAGCCGAUCAAAGAGCCCCCGCAAGGAACGCUCCCCUAGACGACGAUCACGUUCACCGAAACGCCGUUCUCGAAGCCGUUCGUUAAGCCCGCUUCGUUCCCUAAAAAUUCACAUUGGCAGGCUAACCCGUAAUGUCACCAAAGAGCAUAUUCAAGAGAUAUUCGCUUACUUUGGUACAAUCAAAUCGCUAGACAUGCCUAUGGAGCGUCAUCACCCCCACGUUUCGCGAGGUUCCUGUCAUGUGGAGUUCGAGACCCACGAGCAGGCCGAAAAAGCCGUAAAGUAUAUGGACGGUGGCCAGAUUGACGGUCAGGAGAUUACAGUCGCAGCAGUCCUCCCAUUGGGUCCUACAAAAGCGGAACGAGACCGAAAGGAUGUGCUUGGCGGCGGCGGUGGCCUUGGAGGCCGGAAUAACCGAGAUCGAGGAUUUCGUGGAGGGGGAGGAUUUAGGAAUGAUCGUAAUCGUAAUCGGGACAGGCGUCGCAGUCCUCUGCGUUCACCGAUACGUCGCGGAGGCCGAGGUGGCGGCCGUAUGAUAAGCCCUCGUCGCUCUCCACGAAGAUCUCCGCGGCGCCGAUCGCGCAGUCCACAUCCACGCCGUCGAAGCACCACCACAUCACGCAGCUCUUCAAGGUAAACGUCAACUGGUGACGUUUCGAUGGUCGGAGCCCUUUAAGACUAUGUGGAAACGCGAUUGGGCCAGUUUCUCGAGGGGACGUUACGUAGAAGCACGUUGUAACACACAGACACGUACACACACUUAGACAUAUAGCCAUCAGACGCACGGUAUUGGUUACGUAUAUUAUCUACAAAUAUAUUUAUAUAUCGAAUACCCAUUGGGGCUAGCGAGAAUAUAAUUGGGCUUUUCGGGUAGAGCGCUUCGAUGGGUUCUGAUUACUAUGCAUUGUGAAUAGGAGAGUCGCUGCUAAUCGAGGUCGGAACUUGAGGCAAACGAUAAAAUGAUAAACGAGGGGGGAAACGUACGUAAUGCGUGUAAGCAUAGAAUCGGGCGCAAGCUUGUCGAAAAAAUACUACAAUUACCUUGUUUCGAUGCACCCAGGCCUGCCGUAGACAGCUGCCCCUUAGUUCACUGCAAAAUAGGCUGAGAGUAUCACAGCAACAUGGCGAUUGUUGGUGCUAAUCCUGAGGACAUAGUAUUGACCUGGCAGUUAGUUGAUGUUAUGCUUUUGUCAUGAAAGUUAUAAAAAAAAAUUGAAGCAAUGCUUUAAGGUAACUUCGAAUCCACGUGUUACGUUCCAUGAAAACAGUAGAGGUUUGCUAAGUACUUGUGCUCAAUUGAUACUUUUAUCAUAUUAUCAUUCGAGUAGGACGGGGUAUUGAAAUUUAGCCAUAGAAUAAAUGGAUGUCUAAAUAUGCUUCAUGGAGAAGGACGUUAGUUUCGUAAACUCUAUGACAGUGCGCAUUCAUCAAGGGGAGUCAAGAUCUUUUGGGAUAUUACACCUUGUGUAUACAGGACGCGUAAUACAGCUGUACAUCGGACUUUGAGAUGUAUACGAGGUACCAUAAGAAUAAUAAGUAAAGUGAAAUUGAAGCUACUGAA